AUGCGCCUCCACGGCGUGGUUGGCUUCGCCUUGCUCAUCGUCGUCUCGAUCACACACACUGUAGCGGCGUCAUUGCUGAGGAACGGUCUCCACCCUGCGAGCGAAACAGAAGGGAGAUUCUUAACCACAAGCGUUGCCAACACCAGACUCAACGGCGACGAUGCUGAGAGAGCGGGACUGUCUGUGCCUGUAGUCGAGAAGAUCAAGACUUUCUUCUCCUCAUCGAAAGUGACACCGGCACAGCUUGGAAAUCGGCUCAAGGAGGGGAAAUCGGCCGACACGGUUUUCACGCGACUGCGUCUGAACAAGGCUGACGACAUGCUGCUCUACUACGGUGAUUUCGUCGACUGGCUCAAGUACGUGGACGAUCUGAGCGCAAAGAACCCCGGCAAGAAAAUGUCUGCGAUCUCGACAUUGACGAAGCAGUACGGCGACGGCGAUCUGUACAGCAUAAUCCAAGCAGCCAUGAACGUCCCAAGGACAAAGAGCAUCGCCACGCGACUACAGACCGAGCAAAUCCAGCAUUGGGUGACCGCUGGUAAAACUCCGGACGACGUGUUUCACUUCAUGAAGCUGGAGAAGGUGGAGCGCAACUUUCUAAGCGACCCGGCGUUCACUGUCUGGGCCAAGUACGUGGACGAUUUCAACGCAAAGUAUCCCGAGAAGUCAGCGUCCAUGGUCCCCGUGCUCACGAAAUACCACAUUAAUGAGGUCACUCUGUUCGAAAUUGUUCAGGCGGCGAAGAGUAUGAAAGGAACCAAAGCCAUCGCCACCAAGUUGGAGGAUCAACUGGUCAAGUUCUGGCUAAACCGUCGAAAAUCACCCGAUGACGCUCUGGAAGACCUCGGGCUCAGCUACGCAUUGGAUUCGCUGCUGGAUAACCCGCUAUUCAACAGUUGGGCCAAGUACCCGAACGCUUACAGCACGAAGCAUCCAGAAGAGAAGGCAACCGUGAUCGAGACCUUAACGCGGAAAUUCAGUGAUGAUAAAGGUGCGAGGGUGCUUGCUGUGGCAAAAACCAGCGUUGAAACGCGAAACUUGGCCACCAAGCUGGAGUCUGCGCAGCUGGAGAUGUGGCAGAAGAGCGGGAAAUCGGUGGACGACGUGAUGCUGCUGCUAAAGCUCCGACCAAACGCUGACUUUACCAACAACCUUCUGCUCCGCACGUGGGUCUCAUACAUGAACAUGUACAUCAAGGAAAAUCAUCUCAGGGCGCCUGAGAUGUUGCCAAAAUUGGAGACUCGCUUCGACCAGAGAACGAUGAACCAGAUCCUCCUCGCCGCAACGCAGUUCUCCAGCAUGAAAUCGACCGCACUUGCAAUCCAAACCGAGAAGAUCAAGGGCUACCUGGCGAGCAAUCAAUCCCCCGAAAAAGUCUUCAAGCUGCUCGCUCUCGACAACGUGGGGAAGAACCUUCUCGGUGAUCACGUGUUUCAGAUGUGGAGGAAGUACGUAAACGAUUUCAACAAGAGGAACCCAAGACAGCGAGAAUCCUGGUUCACGCCCAUGCGCAUGACGUACAACCCCGCUCCCCUCGAUCAAAUGAUCUCGGUCGCGAUGGAAAGCCCUAGUACCGUGAACAUUGCUAAACUAGUGGUGAAGGAGCGCUCCAAGUACUGGCUGGAUAGAAAGAAGGCCCCCUGGCAGAUAUUCCGCGAUCUGGAGCUGAACGGUGCUGGCGAAAAGAUUUUUGCCAGUCCCAACUUCAAAAUCUGGGCCAACUAUCUGAACAAAUCCAACCAGCGGUACCGCAAGGAGAAGACGACGAUGAUCGAUGGACUCCGGGCCAGCUACAACGACAUCAGCCUCAUGGGGAUCCUUGCGGCGGCGAAGAAGGAGCCAAAGACGAAGAAACUGGCGACAGACUUGGAGAAUGCUUUGGUCAACAAAUGGGUCGCUGAAAAGGAGCCCCUGGCAGUCCUACAGAAGAGGUUUGACCAUGUGCCAAGCAGCGGCGAAUUGCUCAAGAGAUACGUCGCGAAGCUCGAUGCGCUGGCAGCAAAAGGCGCAUAA